GAGGGACCAUGGCUAACGCAACAUUUGGAGCAGCUAUGAAAAAAGAAUGCUUUCGUUUCGAGGAGGGGGUGACCUUUUUAAAUCAUGGAUCAUAUGGGGCGAUCCCUAUAAAGAUACGAGAUCGACAAAAACAAUUACAUGAUGAGUUAAACGACAACCCGGACCUGUUCUACAGACAGACAGAGUACCAGCUGUACACGCAGGCUAGGGAGGCGGCCGCCAGAUUAGUGGGCGCGGAUCCAGAAAAUUUAGUGUUCGUCCAGAAUGCGACCACAGGUGUUAACAGUGUUCUGAAGGCUUUGCCCUGGCGAGAUGAAGACGAGAUUUUGACGACAGUACAUACUUAUAGAGCUGUUGCUAAUGCGUGUCGUAAAGUGGCAGAAUUUUCCACAGGUGGACACAUACACCAAUUCGAUAUACGCUUCCCUAUUAGGGACGAACAACAAGUGGUGGAGAGUAUGACGUCACACCUUGACAAACAUCCAAAGAUCCGAUUAGUUGUUUUAGAUCACAUUACCAGCCCGACAGCAUUAGUAUUCCCCUUGAGAGAAAUGAUUGCAGAGUGCAGAAAAAGGGGAGUCUUGGUGUUCAUAGACGGAGCGCAUGCUCCAGGGCAAGUGGAAAUCAACUUGGAAGAGCUUCGACCCGAUUUCUAUACUGGGAACUUUCACAAAUGGGUGUUCACGCCUCGAGGGUGUGCAAUUCUCUGGAUUGCCAAACAACACCACGAUUGGUGUACUCCACUUGUGACGUCACAUAUGUACAAAAAAGGCGUUCAGUUAGAAUACUUUAUGCAAGGAACUCGAGACAAUAUACCAUAUUUCUUAGUCCCAGAGGCGCUAAAGUUCUUUUCUGAAAUUGGAGGAAUGGAGAAGAUUCACCAGUACACGAAAGCUCUUUUGGACAACGUUACAUCAAUGAUAUCGGAUAAACUAGGAACUCCAAAGCCGGAAAUUCCAAAGUCGAUGGAAGCACCGUACAUGAGACUAGUUUUGCUUCCAGAAUACGAAGGAUAUCCAGCUGGAACAGAUGAAGGAGCCGAGAGAUUGAUAUUAGAUCUGAUGAGGAAGCACAGAAUCAACACUGCCGUGUGUCCCACCCAGGGCCAGCUCUACCUAAGACUGUCCGCCAGUGUCUACAACCAACUCUCUGACUACGAAAAAAUAGCGGAGGUCCUCAACGCCUUACCCAGGAAAUGAAAUACUAGUACUACAGACUCUCAAACACAAAUCUUUUUUCUUCACAUCUUGUAACUCAUUAAACUACUAAUUUAUCAUUAUCUACAAUAUAAAUAAUAGGAUUCUUUGUUUGAAUAAAUCAAGGAUAUGUAGAUCUCACACCAUUAUCUUUAAGGUACACCACCACAAUGAUAAGAGAGAUAAUCCUUGCAAAUUCUAUAUUCAAUGAAAUUAAGUUCCAGCAAGGUAUGCUGAAAUAGGUUUUCAUUUGCAAAUUGUUUCUAAAACAUCCUGAAAUGUAAUUGGUUGGUUGGUUGAUAUGGGUGCACUGAAUUUACAAUUUGUUUUUUUUUUAAACAAGUACAGUAAAACACGGUUAUAAUGAACACGCUUAUAAUGAAUUAACGCUUAGAGCGAAGUGAAUUUCAUUCCCCAAGACUCUUAACAUAUUAAAAACUUGACGGAUGUAACGAAUUACGAUUAAAACGAAAUUAAAAUUCCCCUCCCUGGCGCUUCGUUAUAACCAUGUUUAACUGUACAUGUAUAUUAAAAUCCUUGUAAUAUACUACAGAUAAUAAUUUCUUGUGAAAAGUUCCACUACAAAACAUACCCCCACCUGUUUCCAUAAAAUUAAGAGGACUCCAAAGUGGUGGUCACACUAAGACAUCCCCCCCCCCCCCCAAAAAAAUACAGAAAACAAACCAAUAUUAAUACAACACUUAAGUUUUUGGAAAAUCUGGUUUAUUGUAGAAAGACAAUAUUGACAAAGAAAGGGACCUUCUCACACUAGUACUUCCUCAGUACAUUUUACAAAUUCAGUGAAAUCAUUACCCACUACAUGUUAAAAAUUUUGCUGUAUCUAGUACAAGAAAAAACAUUUGGCACAAAAAUUAAAAGGCACAUGUAGAGGUUCAACCAUUUCCUUGAAAUUUCGUUAAUAGGACAUA